UGCGUGCGUGCAGUCUAACGGUAUUGAACGGCAACGAAAGCAAACGACACAAAAAUACCGAAGAGCACCAAGUUUAGAGAGAGAGCGAGAGAGUAACUAACUGCUUGGCGUUGAGCGCGCGCGCUCAAAAACGAAACCAAGAAGUCGAAGAGAAGAAGAAGCAGCAGCAGAAAGCAGAAACACAAGCAGAUAUUGUAGUUUGACUUUGCGCUUCCGUCGCAGCGUCGUCGUCGUCGUUGUCGUCGCCGUUGUCGUUGUAGUUGUAAUUCCUUUUUUUUCGGUUGUUGUUGUUGUUAUUAAUAUUUUUUUUUUUGGAAAUUGUUGGUGAAAAGUUACAAAAAUAAAAACAACCCGAGAGCGAGAGAGAAGAAUAAAUUAUUAAUAAGGACAAGUGUGGGAGAAUAUAAAAAGAUAUAACAAAAUCAAAAAAAAAAAGAAAAGAAAGAAGCAAACACACAAACAUUCAACGAGGCGAGAGCGAGCACAAAAGAGAGAGUGAGAGAGAGCAGAAAGGAAGCGAACUUUUGGCACACGAUGAUGGAGCAAACGCUGCGCAAACAGACAACAACGACAAGCGGUCCCAGUUUAACGGGAACCGGAACCGGCACCGGCACCGGAAAUGGCAGCGGGGACAGGGACAGGGAAAGGGACAGGGACAGGGAAUGGGAACAGCAACAGCUCAUCGUCCUCAUCAUCGACGGUGUCAUCGGCCACCUGUUCAGCGAAUGCGACAACAAUCGUUGCCAAGCAACGGCCGCCGCCAUUGAAAACGGCCACGACGACGGUGACAACGACGCUCGUCAGCAGCAAUGAAGGCGGCCAACCGCUGCCGAUGCCCCAUCCCAGCGGUGCAGGCGGUGGCAGCAGCGGUGGCGGUGGCGGUGGCAAUUAUCGUGGCACCACAACGCUAACGACACCAUCGACGCCGCGCAUCGAGUUGAGCCGGGCGUCGAGUUCAUCGCAUCACGAGGAGGACAGCCGGGAAAGCAGUCCGGAGAAUGUCUUCGAGCAGGUCGGCACUGGCACCCUACAGGAAACCAUUGGUCUCGGUUUUCGCGAAGAGGGCGCCCUCGAGCUACGCAGCUCCACCGAGGAGCUCUAUUUCAUGGAUCCCGAGCAAAAGAAAGAGGAGCAAGAGCGCCUCCAGCAGCAGCAGCAGCAGCAACAGCAGCAACAACAGGUGAGUGAGACGAAACGCUCCUCGCCGCACAUCUUCAAGUUUGACGAUCACCAGAGCUAUCUGCAACAGCACCAGCGCAAAGAUUCCGCCAGCUCCGAGGUGGCCGCCCUGCUCUGCAUCUCGGGACGCACCAGUCGCAUCUCAAGCGUCGGCAGCCAAGGCUCCGCAGUCAGUCGCCUCUCCGCCGUGUCGUGUGUGUCACGCUCCCCGUCACCACAUCGCAUGCUGCUCGAAACAUCGUUUUGCGGUCCCAAGCCCAUGGAACCGGGCAGCGAUGGUGUGCUAAGUGGUGCUGCGAGCAAUGCCUCAACAGCGCCCAGCUCAGCGCAAAGCCUGGGCGAAGCAACGCUGGCGGUGGAACAAUUGCUGUUGGCGCGCACCAAACACGAUCCCACGCAGGUGGUGUUGGCCGAGGGCAUACAGAUGCAAAUGCAGCCAGCGACCAAGAUGGGCACCACAACACGCAAAACGAAGCAGCCGCCCACAACGCUGGCCAACGGGGAACGCAACAGCAGCAGCAGCAAAGCACCCACAAGCAGCGCAACGCAGUCCAGCAAGAUGGGCGCCCAGCGACGUAGCACCAAAAGUCCCGGACAAAUGGUCAUAGGAAAGACGGCCAGCGGGACCGAGUACAUACGCAUUAAUCUGCGACCCGAUCACAUGUACAGCGACAAAGGAAUUGCGGCCAACGAGCGUGUGGUUGAGGCGCCCAAUCAACUGACGCCUGUCUACUCGAAGGGCACACAACCCAAGCCGCCGCCCGCAUCGUUGUGCCUGCAGAGCGGCGGUCUAGACGAUGAUCAGCAGCAUCGUCUGACGCCCACCGCAAGUCCGAAGCCCGGACGUCAUGCGUUGCGUCUGACAAGUCGUUCGCCCUCACCGGCUGCAGCCGCCGGCGGUGGAGGUUCUGUGUCACGCAAAAGUUCAUUCAGUUCGCUAUUUCGACUGGGUGGUAAAGAUUCACCCGACUCGCCACGGGAAACGUCACGUUCGCGCAGCAAGAGCAAAGAACGUCCCUCGACCGCAUUGGGACACGGUUCGAGUGGCGGUUCACAGAACGUGACGCCCAGCAAACAGAAGUCGGUGCUGGCGAUAUUUAAGCCGGGCAAACGUGGCAGCAGCGCUGGCUCCAAGAGCUCAUCACCGAUUGAAGGUGCCACCGAGGCGCCACCGCCGCCGCCACCAGCGCCCGGAGGCGCCGGACGCAGUCGGACACCGGCGCCCGGCUCGCGACCGAAUAGUCGGCUGCGCUACUACGACGAACCCGUCGAGGGUUACAUCCAUAUACCCUUGCACACGCCUCCCGAAGAACGUGAGGCACGCACUCUGCUCCAGGGUAUACAACAGCUGGCGGCAGCGCCAUCGCCACCACCGCUAUUACCCACAGCAACACCGGCAGUCACAAGUGCCACAGCCACACGCAUCGCAGCUGUGGCACCGAAUGCAGCGCCCGCGGGCGCCGGAGCUCCCAUCACAGCCAGUCAGCUGGCGGCCGCUGCGGCCGCUCUGAAACCCGUGGGACAACGGAAGGCGGUACCAGCGCCACCGCCGCGCACACAACACGAUCUGGAUGCCAUCGAUACGCUGCCACCGCAGGAGGAGCUCGAACAACAGCAGCAGCAGCGCAACUGGAGCCUGGAGGUGCAACGGCAUAGCUCGUCCCAGGAAUCGCAGGAUACGCUGCAAUCGAUUAGCUCGGUGGUUAGCGCACGUGCCGCAAAUCUGGCUCAGGUGGCGGAAAAUUGCAAUGCGGAGCAAUUGCAACGACUGCCGUCGGUGGACAGCACACAGAGCGCGUGUGAGCCGCGUCUGGUGCAAACGGUGGCCACGGUGAAUGCACCCAUCGAGGAUGCGGUGGCCAAGGAGCGACGUCGUCUGUUGUUUGCCACACGUCUGGGCUCGGGCAGCCAGGAACAAUUGUUUAGCACACAGUUUAGCAUCUCAAAGACGGAAAGUCAGUCCAGUCAGUUAUCCGAGCAGGUUCAAUUGCCGGACUCCACUGGUUCUACCGGCUCCGAUGCGACUAACGACGGCAUCCUACAACGUCAGGGCACCGUCAUUCGACGCACAGAUGUGCCGACCGGCCAGGUGACUGCUGCGAGCACUGUACGCUCCAGUUCCGAGGAGGAUGCGGAUGAGCAACCGGUCAUUGUGAGUGCUGCAGCUGUUGUCAUGCGCAGCAAGCACAAAUCGUGCUCCAACUCCGAGGAGGAAUCACCGGGAGCAGCGGCAGUAACAGCUGCUCCACAACAGGCGGCCGAUGUGCGACACUCGCGCUAUCUAGAGAACUUUGAUGUACGCAAAAAGUAUCACGAGAAUGUGACGCCACGGGAGUCCAACACGCCACACGUCGCUCAAGCCCAACCUCCAACUCAGCCACAACCUCAGACACAGUCACAGUUGCCACAGGGACAUGGCACCGUGCCACGCAAGCCCAAGCGACAGAGUGUGCCGGAAGUGAAACCAAUUGCCAGCAGUCAGACGCCCACGACGCCCAUUGCGAGUGAACUGCCCGUGGAAGUACCCCCCAAGCCAACAACGCACCCAUCGACUGAGGAAGCGAUGGAACUGGACGAGGAGGCGACGCCACCAACGCAUGUCAGCAACGAACGUGACGAACGACGCCAUUCAACGGAUGAUCACGAACCCAUUGAGUCGUCGGAGAGUGAACGUGACUCGGACAUGGCGGGCAGCUCUUCAGUGGCAACGGCAGUUCCUGUGGGCGCCGAAGCGAAACGUCAUCACUUUCCGCGCAACGUUUGCCUGAUCGAGGAGCACGAAAGCACCGGUCUGGUGUCACAGGAAUCGUUCGACGAUGAGCUACCCUAUGUGCCCACCACACUGCCGGAGGAGCGAGCUCAGGGCGUGCCUCUGAUACCGAUGAAGGAACGCGCCAAUAUGGAGCUAAAGACAUGUCCCGUGGAUCGGCCGCGUUCCACAACGCCGCUGAAUCCCUCCCAUCUAGAGGAGUAUUGCACCGGCAUAAUGACGCCACAGGAAUCGCCACACGCGGCUGCCGGUCACGAGCUGGACAUUGGCGGUCCGGUACGUGGCGAGAAGUUGCGCAUCAGUUUGCCACGCAAGGACUCGACGAUCAAGGACAAGGGACAAUGCAGCAAGUCCCCACGACGCGUCUCCAAUGCCAGCGGAAAGUCGUGGUUCGAGUUUGCCGAGGAAGGACUGCGUGCCAAUAAUCUGGAGCGCAAGGACUCCAACAAACAACUGCUGCCAGCUGCACCAACCACGGCUGCAACGUCAACGCCAACGCCAGCGGUCGCCACGCCGCAAACGCCCUCAAGUCUGGAAGAACCAAAGCCGAAAGCAUCGACGCAACGCAAACUGUCCGGCCACUGGAUUGACUUUGAGAACAUACCGGAGAAACGUAAACCCGCCAAGCGCAUUACCACGCUGCCCAAGGAGACAAUAACCACAACAACCACGGCCAUCACAAGCGCCUCGUCAGCCUCGGCCUCGGCGUGUGCCAGCUCCCAUCGCACGCAUCACAGUCACACACACAGCCACAGUCAUGCUGGCCAUCAGCAUCAUCAUCAUCAGUCGCAGCAGCAGCAACAUCAGCAGUCGGCAGGACGUCAACAGGAUGCAACUGCUGGCGGUGAUAAACUGCACUACAACUACGUGAAACCCGAGGAUUGUCAGUGCGAAUGCCAUGAGGCGGAACGCGUUGAAUCGUCGGUGGGUGAACGGGAUAAGGACACGAGCACAGGCACAGGAACCGGCACGGGUACAGGCAGCGAUUCCCUGGCCUCGGUAGAUGUGGAGCUACUGCAGCAGGGCGAGGAUAUGUUGCCGCUACUCGAACCUGAAACGCAGCCAGACACGAGAAUUUACUCGGAUGAGCCGCUGCCACCGCCACGUCACAGCAACAAACCUACUGGCUCCAGGGUGGAUGAGUUCCCUCGACGCGAUGCCGCACAGAGUUCCAGAAAUCGCAAAUUUCCCGAUAGAAAGUAAGCAAAUCAAAACAAAAAAGAAAACAAGCAAAAGCAAAAUGUAUGUGGGUAUGCGUGAUGUUUUUUUUUCCUAAACUAAGACCUAAACUAUUUGCAUCUUCAGGGUAGCUAAACCAAUAAAUUCUCACUCUAAAAGUCGAUCAGGAUUGCUAAACUCCUGAUCGGUAUCCUUAAUAAAUGUACCUCAAGCAGUGCGGUUGUUAUAAGCAAAGUGUUGGCAAGGAAAAUAGCAAUGAACGAAGUAAAGCCUAUUAGCAUUGGAUUCUAUUAGCUAAUUAUAUACAAUACGAUACGAUACGAUUACAUAGCAAUGCAUCUUACAUUCAGAUAUAUAGGAAAACGGAUAAAUACAUUAAUGAAUAAUUAAUAUGUAUGUAUAUUAUCUAGGGUAAAACUUUUUUGAUAGGUGCAAUUAAGAAACCCUCGUCUAGAACCUUAGACCUUAGACCCAAGAUUAACCCAAGUGCAACUCUGCUUUUCGAGGCGAAUUAAAACAGUUGAAUGUGAUCUCUUAAAUGUUAUGAUCUAUAGCAUGAUGGAUUAUGUUGUCUCUAACUGUUGUCUGUCUCUGUCUCUAUCUCUCUCUCUUUUUCUAAGUAUAACAUAUAACUACUGAUUGUUCGGAUCGGUUCGUAACUGUUAAGUCGCUGUAUUGUAUUAACAUAGUAGUUGUUAUCUCACAUAUAUAGCUCAGUAUCGUACAACAUAAUAUAUACAGAUACCAACCUUAAAAUGUAUACCUUAAUUAAUUGGGAAACUUCUGUUAGACGGUGGGUGCGGCACUAUCCCAAAAAGACAUCACAUGAGAUAUAACAAUAAUAAUAAUAAUAAUAAUUGUAAUAAUACUAUUAUGAAUACUCGUACUUAAUGACAAGUCUGAAGACUGAAAACUGGUAACCUUGCUAGCAUCUUGUAUCUAUACAACCCGCCCACCAAAACCACAAAAACCAAAAAAAAAAAUGAUUAUAAAAACAUAAAACAGAGCUAGCCUAUUGCCAACCCUAAUCGGUCGAGCCUUAGUUAACACACCUACUAAUAAUGCUUUUCAAAUUACCUUAAACAACUUAUAUAUGUUACAUACAUACAUAUAUAGCCAAAAAUACUGCCAGCAUUAUGUUCGUCCAUACUCUUGCAUUUGCGUAAUUUCAUUUUAAGAAUUGUCCGUCUAACCGAACUCAGCUCAAAUUGGCACAACUUUUUCUUAUUAAACUCAUUCGCCAUUGAAGCUAGUGAAAUUAGUUGUAAAAUCUUAAACAAAAUAAUUAUUAUUAAAUUAUAGUAUUUCUUUAAAAUAUCGCCUUUGCAAGCGUAUCUAAGCUUCGGCUUGCCGUUGUAGACAAUUUCUUCAAAUUCUUAUUGUUUAUUUUAAUUUUUAGUUGAUGGGGUUCACAUCUAGCAAAAAUUGAAACGAGUUUUCCUUGAGCACAAUCCACAAGCGGCAGGUAGCAAAGGUUAACCCCAAGCGUUUAUGCGUAGACAUAUAUCACGAAUUCAAUACCAACAACAAAAACAAAAUAUAAACAAAUUUGCGCGAGAUAGUAAAUGUCAUAGCUUAAUCUAUGUAGAUUUAAGGGGAAAGAAAAUAAUUUGAUAAAAAUUGUCGAAGAAGAGGAGGGAAUUGAAGAGGAGAACACACUUUAGCUAGUAUUUAAAUACCAAAAUUGAUUGAUAUUAGCGCAACGGACAUUCAUUUAAUGGAAAGAUAAAAACCAAAAAAAACAAAAAAAAUUCUAUGAAAAUGAUAAAAUAAACUUUAGGUAAAUUAUACAAAAAUAAGGAAAAGAAAAAUUAAACGAAAAUAAUAAUAUAGAAAAGAACAUUUAAAAUGUGCUUCAAAACGCAAUAACAGGCUAAAGAAAAACUUAAGAGUUUCGGCACUGAAUUCAUCAAUAAUUAAAUACAAUGUAUUUGUAUUAAUCUUAUGACACAAAAUUGUGUAUGAAUGCAUCGUGUGGUUGACUGUGAAUGAGUGUGUUUGCAAUUUUUUUUUUAAGUAGUUCCUGACCCUGCAAAGACCUAAGCGGACAAGCACAAAAUGCACUUGACCUAACACAAAAACAAGAAAUUCUUGAAUUAAAUAAUAGUAUUAAUAAUGAUAAACAUCAAAUGCAAAAUGUUACAAACUUGUACAAUAAUUUAACGAAUCAGGCAGCAUCUCAAAUUCGCAUCAAAAUGUGCGCAAUUUUGAAUGGCAACUGAUCGAAGCCCAUUAUAUACAUACAUAUAUGGUAUAUCAUUAAAGAUUUAUAUAUACACAUGAGAAUAUAUAUGAAUAGAUUCCUUUCAAAUUUUUGACUCUUCUUUUUUUUCGGCAUAUACCAUUAUAAAUGCUUCAAAUAUUUCUACAUACUUAUAGUAUAAAAUAAAUUUAAAUUUAAAUUGAAAAUGAAAAAAAUAUAUAUGGUAUACACAAUAUAUUAUAUAUUAUUUUUUUUUGUGAGCUAUUUAUUGUAUUACCUACACAAAACUAACGAGAGAACAUAAAGCAAAGAAAAAUCAAGAAACGCUGAUGAACAUGAAACACAAUGAAUGAAGAACGAAGAGCAAAGCAAAGCAAAACAAAAAAAAACUGUUGUUGAAAAUGCAUUUAAAAUACCAGAAAAACAAAAACAAAAUGUUUAAAAAUUUAUUAAGCAAGAAAAAAAUUCAAAAAAUGACUUCAAUUGUUACAAAAAUUUCAACAUUCAUAUAUACAAAACAAAAAAACCAAAAAAAAAAAAAAUGAAAUGAAAACAAAAUCGAAACGUAUAUGCACUUUCAUUAUUUAAAUCAAUUUCAUAUAGAUACUAUGUAUGUGAAACAAAUCGAAAAUCAGCUGCAAGAGAAAACUGACAAACGAAAUACGAAAAAUGGAAAUGGCAAAGAAAACCGCAAAAGGCAAAAAAAACACAGAACAUUAAUUGAAAAUUAUUCAUUAAAGUGACAAAACAUAUUUAAACAAAACAAAAAAAAAUUCCACAGUUGGUUUACUUGAACUUCUGGGUGGGCCAAUAAACUGAUGUAGUCGACUUGCAUAUACCCUGCAUUUUGACUAACAUUCAUUUAUAUUUUUAAAUUCGCAAAAUCUCUACUUAAUAAUGUUUAUGUAAGUACAAAAUGCUGCCUAGCUAAGCAACCUCUUUGGGAACCAACUGAAAGUAC